ACUAUUGUAACUAAACUCCCCUCAUUCCAGGCUCUUUAGCUCAGAGCAGGACUCAAAAAAGUUCCAGCCUUGACUCUACCCCUUGCUAAAGCAGCAGAACUAGGCAAAUUCACAGAAAGGAAUUGCGGAUGUGGUGUUUUGUGGAGACUGUGGGAAGUGCGUCUCAUGAGAGACCUCCAGCUUCGUGGCUGAGUCAACUCUGUCAAGAAAGGAACACGGGAAAACAGGGCAGGCGGCUCGGUGAUCACUCCUGUGCGGUGCCCUCUCGGCUGCAGGGACUGGACAUGGGGCUGCUCCAGGUGUUCGCUUUCAGUGUCUUAGCCCUGUUUCGAGCCCGAGUGUGUGCUCAAGAACCAGAGUUCAGCUACGGCUGCGCGGAGGGCAGCUGCUACCCAGCCACUGGCGAUCUUCUCAUCGGCCGAGCACAGAAGCUUUCGGUGACCUCGACGUGCGGGUUGCAUACGCCUGAGCCUUACUGCAUCGUCAGCCACCUCCAGGAGGACAAAAAAUGCUUCAUAUGCAAUUCACAAGACCCUUAUCAUGAGACCCUCAAUCCUGACAGUCAUCUCAUUGAAAAUGUGGUUACUACAUUUGCUCCAAACCGCCUUAAGAUUUGGUGGCAAUCUGAAAAUGGUAUGUGGUUGGUGUGGAAACAAGUUGGUGGAGUACUUUUCAUCUUCUUGGUGCCCUUCAUAGAUCUCUUAAAAAUAACCAACUUGAGAAUCAAGUUUGUGAAACUACAUACUUUGGGAGAUAACCUCUUGGAUUCCAGAAUGGAAAUCAGAGAAAAGUACUACUAUGCAGUUUAUGAUAUGGUGGUUCGAGGAAAUUGCUUCUGCUAUGGCCAUGCCAGUGAAUGUGCCCCUGUGGAUGGAUUCAGUGAAGAAGUAGAAGGAAUGACGUUCCGUCCAGCUGCUAUGCUGAUAGAGCGAUCGUCCGACUUUGGGAAAACCUGGGGCGUGUACAGAUACUUUGCCUAUGACUGUGAGAGCUCAUUUCCAGGUGUUUCAACGGGCCCCAUGAGAAAAGUCGAUGAUAUCAUCUGUGAUUCCCGAUAUUCUGACAUUGAACCCUCAACCGAAGGAGAGGUGAUAUUCCGUGCUUUAGAUCCUGCUUUCAAAAUAGAAGAUCCGUAUAGUCCAAGGAUACAGAAAACUAAUGUUAAGGUUCACGGACACUGCAUGUGCAGGCAUAAUACCAAGGGCUUAAACUGUGAGUUGUGCAUGGAUUUCUACCAUGAUUUACCAUGGAGACCUGCUGAAGGCCGAAACAGCAAUGCCUGUAAAAAGUGUAACUGCAAUGAGCAUUCCAGCUCGUGCCACUUUGACAUGGCGGCCUACUUGGCCACCGGAAACGUCAGUGGAGGAGUGUGUGAUGACUGUCAGCACAACACAAUGGGACGCAACUGCGAACAGUGCAAGCCGUUUUACUACCAGCACCCGGAGAGAGACACCCGAGAUCCUAAUUUCUGUGAACAAUGUACCUGUGACCCAGCUGGUUCUCAGAAUGGGGGAGUCUGUGACAGUUACACAGAUUUUUCUGCUGGCCUCAUUGCUGGUCAGUGUCGGUGUAAAUUAUAUGUGGAAGGAGAACAUUGUGAUAUCUGCAAAGAAGCCUUCUAUGGUUUAAAUGCUGAAGAUCCGUUUGGUUGUAAAUCUUGUGCUUGCAAUCCUCUGGGAACUAUUCCUGGCGGGAAUCCUUGUGACUCUGAGAGUGGUUACUGCUACUGUAAGCGUCUGGUGACUGGACAGCAUUGUGACGAGUGCCUGCCAGAGCAUUGGGGCUUAAGCAACGAUUUGGAUGGAUGUCGACCUUGUGACUGUGACUUUGGAGGAGCCUUGAACAAUAGCUGUUCCCCCACUUCCGGCCAGUGCUCCUGUCGACCCCACAUGAUUGGACGCCAGUGCAAUGAAAUGGAAUCUGGUUACUACUUUACCACCUUGGAUCACUACAUCUACGAAGCAGAAGAAGCCAACUUUGGGCCCGGGGUCAGCGUAGUGGAGCGGCUGUAUGUGCAGGACCGGAUUCCUUCCUGGACUGGAGCAGGCUUCGUCCGAGUACCCGAAGGGGCUUAUUUGGAGUUUUUCAUUGACAACAUACCAUAUUCCAUGGAAUACGACAUCCUAAUUCGCUAUGAGCCACAGCUACCCGACCACUGGGAAAAAGCUGUUAUCACGGUGCAGCGACCUGGGAAAAUUCCAACCAGCAGCCGAUGUGGUAACACAGUUCCUGAUGAUGACAACCAGGUGGUGUCCUUAUCGCCUGGCUCAAGGUACGUGGUCCUUCCACGCCCCGUGUGCUUUGAGAAGGGUGUGAACUACACAGUCAGGUUAGAGCUGCCCCAGUACACCACCUCCGACAGCAGUGUGGAGAGUCCAUACACGCUUAUUGAUUCCCUUGUUCUCAUGCCGUUCUGCAAAUCACUGGACAUCUUCACCGUGGGAGGUUCAGGAGAUGGGCCGGUCACCAACAGUGCCUGGGAAACCUUUCAGAGAUAUCGAUGUCUGGAGAACAGCAGAAGUGUUGUGAAAACGCCGAUGACUGACGUUUGCAGAAACAUAAUCUUUAGCAUUUCUUCCCUGUUACACCAGACAGGCUUGGCUUGUGAGUGUGACCCUCAGGGCUCAUUAAGUUCCGUCUGCGACCCCAACGGAGGCCAGUGCGAGUGCCGGCCCAACGUGGUUGGAAGAACCUGCAACAGAUGUGCUCCCGGCACCUUUGGCUUUGGCCCCAGUGGAUGCAAACCUUGUGAUUGCCAUCUGCAAGGAUCUGUCAAUGCUUUCUGUGACCCCAUCACUGGCCAGUGCCACUGUUUUCAGGGGGUGUACACUCGGCAGUGCGACCGGUGCUUACCUGGGUAUUGGGGAUUUCCGAGUUGCCAGCCCUGCCAGUGCAAUGGCCACGCCGAUGACUGUGACUCAGUAACAGGAGAAUGCUUGAGCUGCCAGGACUACACCACGGGUCAUAACUGUGAAAGGUGCCUGGCUGGUUACUAUGGUGAUCCCAUCAUUGGGUCAGGAGAUCACUGCCGCCCUUGUCCUUGCCCAGAUGGUCCCGACAGCGGACGCCAGUUUGCCAGUAGCUGCUAUCAAGAUCCUGUUACCUCCCAGCUCGCGUGUGUCUGUAACCCUGGGUACAUCGGUUCCAGAUGCGACAGCUGUGCCGCAGGCUUCUUUGGCAAUCCCUCGGACGUUGGGGGGACGUGUCAGCCUUGCCAUUGUCACCACAACAUUGACACAACAGACCCAGAAGCCUGUGACAAGGAGACGGGGAGGUGCCUCAAGUGCCUGUACCACACGGAAGGGGAGCACUGCCAGCUGUGCCGAUUCGGGUACUACGGGGAUGCCCUCCAGCAGGACUGUCGGAAGUGUGUCUGCAAUUACCUGGGCACCGUGCAGGAGCACUGUAAUGGCUCUGACUGCCAGUGUGACAAAGCCACUGGCCAGUGCCUGUGUCUCCCUAAUGUGGUCGGACAGAACUGUGACCGCUGUGCGCCUAAUGCCUGGCACCUGGCCAGUGGGACUGGGUGUGACCCGUGCAGCUGUGACACUGCUCAUUCCUUCGGGCCAUCUUGUAAUGAGUUCACAGGGCAGUGCCAGUGCAUGCCUGGGUUUGGAGGCCGCACCUGCAGCGAGUGCCAGGAGCUCUUCUGGGGAGACCCCAACAUGGAGUGCCGAGCCUGUGAAUGUGACCCCAGGGGCAUUGAGACGCCGCAGUGCGACCAGUCCACCGGCCAGUGUGUCUGCGUCGAGGGUGUCGAGGGUCCACGCUGUGACAAGUGCACGCGAGGGUACUCGGGGGUCUUCCCCAACUGCACUCCCUGCCACCAGUGCUUUGCUCUUUGGGACCUGAUCAUCACUGAGCUGACCAACAGGACCCAGAAGUUCCUGGAGAAAGCACAAGCCCUGAAGAUCAGCGGUGUGAUCGGUCCUUACCAGGAGACGGUGGACUCGGUGGAGAAGAAAGUCAGUGAGAUCAGAGACAUCCUGGCCCAGAGCCCAGCCGCGGAGCCGCUGAAAAACAUUGGGAAUCUCUUUGAGGAAGCAGAGAAACUCACCAAAGAUGUUACAGAAAAGAUGGCUCAAGUAGAAGUGAAAUUAUCUGACACGGCUUCACAAAGAAACAGCACAGCCAAAGAACUAGAUUCUCUACAGGCAGAAGCAGAAAGCCUAGACAACACCGUGAAGGAGCUUGCUGAACAAUUAGAAUUUAUCAAAAAUUCAGAUAUUCGGGGUGCCUUGGACAGCAUCACCAAGUAUUUCCAGAUGUCUCUAGAGGCAGAGGAGAGGGUGAAUGCCUCCACCAUAGACCCCAACAGCACUGUGGAGCAGUCGGCGCUCACUCGAGACAGAGUAGAAGACUUGAUGUUGGAGCGAGAGUCCCAGUUCAGGGAAAAACAAGAGGAACAGGCCCGCCUCCUGGAUGAACUGGCAGGCAAACUGCAAAGUCUGGACCUCUCAGCUGCUGCCGAAUUGACCUGUGGGACGCCUCCAGGGGCCUCCUGUUCCGAGACCGAAUGUGGCGGCCCCAACUGCAGAACUGACGAAGGACAGAAGAAGUGUGGGGGGCCUGGCUGUGGUGGUCUGGUCACUGUCGCUCACAACGCCUGGCAGAAGGCCAUGGACUUUGACCGAGAUGUCCUGAGCGCCCUGGCUGAGGUGGAACAGCUCUCCAGGAUGGUCUCUGAAGCCAAACUGAGGGCAGAUGAGGCAAAGCAGAGCGCUCAGGAUGUUCUGUUGAAAACCAAUGCUACCAAAGAAAAAGUGGACAGGAGCAACGAGGAGCUACGAGACCUGAUCAAGCAAAUCAGAAACUUUUUGACCCAGGACAGUUCUGACUUGGAUAGCAUCGAAGCAGUUGCUAAUGAAGUAUUGAAAAUGGAAAUGCCUAGCACCCCAGAGCAGUUACAGAACUUGACAGAAGAUAUUCGCGAACGAGUCGAAAGCCUUUCUCAAGUGGAGGUUAUUCUACAGCAAAGUGCUGCUGACAUCGCCAGAGCUGAGAUGUUGUUAGAAGAAGCUAAAAGAGCCAGCAAAAGCGCAACAGAUGUGAAAGUAACCGCAGACAUGGUCAAGGAAGCUCUGCAGGAGGCAGAAAAGGCCCAGGUCGCAGCAGAGAAGGCCAUUAAACAAGCAGAUGAGGACAUCCAAGGAACCCAGAACCUGCUGACUUCGAUCGAGUCUGAAACGGCAGCUUCUGAGGAAACCUUGUUCAACGCCUCCCAGCGCAUCAGCGAGCUGGAGCGGAACGUGGACGAACUCAAGCGGAAGGCUGCCCGAAACUCUGGGGAGGCAGAAUAUAUUGAAAAAGUCGUAUAUACUGUGAAACAAAGUGCCGACGAUGUUAAGAAGACUCUGGAUGGUGAACUUGAUGAAAAGUAUAAGAAAGUAGAAAAUUUAAUUGCCAAAAAAACUGAAGAGUCAGCUGAUGCCAGAAGGAAAGCUGAAAUGCUACAAAAUGAAGCAAAAACACUUUUGGCUCAAGCCAACAGCAAGCUACAGCUCCUGAAAGAUUUAGAAAGAAAAUAUGAGGACAAUCAAAAAUAUUUAGAAGAUAAAGCUCAAGAAUUAGUAAGACUGGAAGGAGAAGUCCGCUCGCUCCUAAAGGAUAUAAGCCAGAAAGUUGCUGUUUAUAGCACCUGCUUGUAACAGGAGGAAGGGCUGUAGAAUGGCUGAGUGACCAAAGUAAGACAGCUACAUUUUUUAAACUGACAAUAAUCUUCAGAGUAAAACUCAUUGCCUAUUUAAUGUUUUUAAUCACCACGUUUUGUAUGGAGUUGAAUAAAGUACAGUGCUUUUGUAUAAAUAUAAUUUAGUAUUCUUAAAUUACUUUUACUGACUUAGUGUUCAUGAAUCCCUUUAACGAAGAAUGUGAUUUUCACUGUAAAGACAGAUUUAUAAACAAGUUGACUGCCUCCAGGGAGACCCUAAUUUCUGUUAUGUCUAUAAACAAGCUAUUACUCUUCUGUUUGCUAGAUCAAUAUCCUCCACAAAUCUACCCCCAAAUCACUUCCCAAUCAUUUUUGGAUAAGGUAAAGAUCACCACUUCGGUGCCUGCUCAGUUGCUCUAAUCUCCACAAAUCCCAUCAGCAUUCCUUACUCUAGGACAGAGAACAAAAAGCACUUUUUAGAAAAUUGUGGCUUUUAAGUAUUACCACCAGAAUAGGGCCAGGGUUGCCAAGGGGAAGGUUAAAAUUAAAUCGGUCCAGUUUCGACGUUGCUCCUGCCAACUGAGCAAUGCUACUCAAAGUUCAGAACACUGCUGUAAUUUCUCAGCUUUCAUAUUAUAUUUAAUUUCACCAACUAAAGAUUCUCUGCUAAGGUUGUAGGUGAGGCCAAAGCAAUAACAAUCACUUACUCUACAGGCUAAAGAAAAUAGCUGGAAUACAACUGCCAAGCCUGUGUCAAUUUUAUAGCUGAGCUAGCUGGAUACCAGGCCAGGCCAGUGCUUUUCUCACACAUUCCCGUUUCACAACCACCCACACACCCAACGCAGCUGUAUCUGAAGCUGGGCCUGAACAAAAGUUAUGUAAACAGCUGUGAUUUAAACAAUAAGGCAACUUCCCUCUGGUUCAAGGCAAUGAUUUGUCAUUUUUAUUUAGGUGGAGUCUAGAACUGUUAAACCAAGUGGUCAUAGCUCAUCAUCUACUAGAGCAACUAAGUCUUUUCCCGCUAAGUAUAUAAGUAGAAACCUUCACUACUCACCAUUGCUUUUCAGCUAAAGAUCUCACUUUGAAAUUACUAAUCAACUUAAUGAACUUUGCCCUCCUUUUCAUAAGCCAAGAAAAUAUUAAGAAUUUAGUUAAGUGAACAUUUACAAUUUUAUACCUAGGAAUUCAUUCCCACCCAGGUAAAUCUGCAUUUGCAUAUUGAAUGAGAACCCUUAAAGUUGGAUUUAACUUAUUUUCUGUCUCUAUAGCUGGACUUCAUAUAUUUCACUGUUCCCUAAUUAGAAACUCUUCCCUAGAGUAGGGGACAUGUUUCAUGUUUAAAUAAACUAGCACUUCACAGAAUACUGGGAUUUCAGAAUUUAAAGAUGCAGAGUUCAUUUCCAGUAAUGGUGAACUGGCACAUUCAGACCAACCCUCCUGCUGGUAACGGCCAACUCGGAACAAAAUUAUUUCCCCCCUAAAUAUACUGGAGAAUAGCUAGAAGCAGGCUGAAGGUAGAAGGCAGUUGACACUCAAGAUCAGCACUGUCUGAAAUUCCCAUUUUUAACAAUUUUCACUUGAGGGAAGAUCCCAGUAAGUGGCCACGUAGGCAGUAGCCAAGUUUUAUUUACUGGUUAAGGAAUCAGAGGAGAGUUUAGAACAACCACAGCAACUGAAAUAUGAGGGAGGGAACCCCAGAAAGGAGAGGCCCCCCCCCAACUUUGCUCAAUCUCUGGUUGACCAGUGAACUAUAUAUGCACAGGGCAGCCCGGGUAAAGCUAAACUGAGCAGAGGUUUCAACUGCUGCCCCUCGACAAAAGAUGACAAACGUUUGGAAUUGGAGAUCAGCCAAGUUUACUGCCUACUAAAAACAAAAAUUAACUAUUUUUCAGAGAUAUGAAACAGGAUCGAGUCUUUAUAAUGUAUCAUUCAUAAUGAUAAUAUAAUCCAGGACCACUGGACAUAUUAAGAAAAAGGAAAAUGUGACCCAUAUAAAUGCAAUUAAAACCUGAAGACUACUAAAGAUUUUCCUUUUAGUUAUGAUUGAUGGUAUCCAUUCCAUACAGCUUUCUGCUGAUAAAUUACAUGCUCCAAACUUUAAAGACUAGUUUAACCUCUAAAUUGCAAUCAAGUGAAUCUCUAGUUUGCAUAUUUCUAGUACUUUAAGGUAGUUUAUUUUUCUCUUUAAAUUUAUGCUAUCUCAGAUUUGAGAACUACUUAAUCUGAAAUCAUUCUUAAAUUGAAGUAUAUGUAAAAACCUAUUUGUCAUUUAACACUUUAAGUAUUUCAAGAAAUGGCCAUCUUAUUAAAUAUUUACCAGUAAAUACAUAAAGCACUCUUUAAAGGAACAAUCAUUUAUCCAGCCAAGGACACAAUGGAAAUCCACACAGAAAAAGACAACAGUAAAGAUUCCCUUACAUUGUUUCUCCAAAAGUAUACGCUAAACAUUUUGUGAUCACUGAAACAGGUGAAACGGUGAUGACCUUUUAAGUAACUUAAUACUGUUCUACAGUGUGCAGAAAAGAUACAUCCAGGCUUAUAAAAGCAAUAAUAGUAGUUAAGAACACACACAAGAGGCAGUCAUAAAUAAGAAUUUGGACCAUUUUGAUAAUCCACUCAGAAUAGCCAAUAAAUGAAUAUUUAAGAAAUGUUUAUUUUCAGAUCUUCAUUUCCUACUGUAAUAUAUUUGAGUCACCACUUAAUAUUUGAAUUUUAUAGAUAUACCUCCUUAACUUGGUUAAUUUUAUACUCCAGACUAUAAA